AUGCGAUCAGAGCUCCCAGAAAACGUUGGUGAGGUAGCUUCAAGUAUAAAGAUAAACGACAUAGAUGCAAUAGAUAUCACUCCGAGUGAGGCAAUUCAACGAACUUCUGAAGAAAUAGAAGAAAAACAACGCAUUCUUGAACAAGUGGAAUAUUAUUUUGGUGAUAAGAAUUUCCCAAAUGAUAAAUUCCUAAAGGAACUGUGUAGCAAAGACUCACAAGGAUGGGUCUCACUUGCCAUAGUGCGUCAAUUUAAAAAAAUGCAGAUUUACAAAGAUGAUGCAUUAAUUGUUGAAGCUCUACGAGAAUCUCCAGAAAUAUUAGAAGUUGACGACUCUGGUACUAAAAUUCGGAGAAAAACUUCUAUUAGGACGCCAAUUCCAGAACAUAUAAAAUCUGGGCCGAUGUGGAGGUCGAUUUAUGCUAAAGGGUUUGACACGGUCAAUCAGCCUCCUAAGAAAUCCGUUGAAGACUUUUUUAAUGACUAUGGUAAAGUUAUUAAAGUGACGCCUCGCAAGGAUAAUAAUGAAAAAUUUAAGGGGUCAUACUUUAUACAAUUUGGGACACACGAAGAAGCCAAAAGGAUAUCGGAGAUGGAACUGUUUUUUAAUGACAUGAAAUUAACAAUAAUGAUGAAGUUUGAUUAUUGUGAAAUGAAGUGCGUUGAAAAAGGAUUGGAUCCUGAUACUAUGCGCAAGCAAGUACCGUAUGUUUCGAAAUCAAAUUCAAAGUCAUACCCUAAAUUAGACUCGGUUAAGUAUGAAAAGGACUGCUUAUUACGCUUUGAGGGAGCUGGACCUAAUGUUCAUUGGGAAGACAUUAAGGCCAAAAUGGAAUCGGACUAUGGUAAGGUUGUGUUUGUAAAAUUAGAUCAUCAGCUCAGAAACGGAAUAAUCCACUUCGAGGACCCAAUCGCUUUAAAAGUUGCGUCCUCGAUUCAAAAUGACGAUCUAGAAUUUGAUGGUUUCAAACCUAUCUUUACAGUGCUUGAAGGUGAAGAUGAGAAAAAAUAUUAUUUGAAUAGACGAAAAUUUAUCGAAGAAACAAAAAAGAAGUCUAGUUAUAAUCGUACAAAAAUGAAUAACGUGCAAAGGACUGGGGAUAAAGAUGAUACUGGAAACAUCGGAUGUAAACGUAAGCUAGACGACGAUACUGAAGCUGAAAAGUCGUCAGCGAAUAAAUCUGUCAAGCUGAAAUUGGAAGAAAAUGAUACUGGAAACAUCGGAUGUAAACGUAAGCUAGACGACGAUAAUGAAGCUGAAAAGUCGUCAGCGACUAAAUCAGUCAAGCUGAAACUGGAAGAAACAGUUUCAUAA